CGUAGUCUUCUUUUUCAUACGUUGAAUAUAAGCAGCAAAAAUGUUAUCAAUAUUCACAAACUCUAAAAUUUUGUGGGGGCUAUGGCAGAUCGUGUGCUAUUGCUCGUCGCGGACGUCGUUGCCUCUGGUGCUGGCGGUGGUGAUAGUUUACCUAGCGUCACGGCUCUCGACCCUGCUUCGGGAAAUGCGCAAGCUGCCACCGGGCCCUUGGGGACCUCCCGUCGUCGGGUACCUUCCCUUCCUUGGUGUGCGUCACAAGACGUUCCUGGAGCUUGCGAGAAGCUACGGUGCGUUGUUCUCGGCUCGACUGGGCAACCAACUGACGGUCGUCCUCAGCGACUACAAACUCAUCAGGGAAGCAUUCCGCCGUGAAGAGUUCACCGGCCGCCCCAGUACACCUCUCAUGCAUACUUUAGAUGGUCUAGGAAUCAUCAAUAGCGAAGGCCGCUUGUGGAAAAACCAACGCCGGUUCCUACACGAAAAGCUUCGCGAAUUCGGAAUGUCCUAUAUGGGCAAUGGCAAGAAAAUCAUGGAAAGUAGAAUUAAGGGUGAAGUUUACGAGCUGAUAACUAACUUGCAACGCACUGAAGGCGCGCCCGUAGACGCAAACCCGUUGCUCGCUUUGGGCGUAUCGAAUGUAAUUUGCGGUAUCACGAUGUCCGUACGCUUCAGUCACGGCGAUUUACGCUUCGAGAGGUUAAACCAUCUCAUUGAAGAGGGCAUGCGGCUAUUCGGCGAAAUACAUUACGGAGAAUAUAUACCAUUAUACAAUUAUCUACCCGGUAAGGCACUUGCGCAAGAGAAAGUUGCCAGAAAUCGUGAAGAAAUGUUUGCUUUUUAUCAAAAUCUAAUAGAUGAGCAUCGCGACACACUCGAUCUUGAUAACGCCAGAGAUCUUAUCGAUGUUUAUCUUAUCGAAAUUGAAAAAGCGAAGAUUGAAGGCAGAGAAGGAGAACUAUUUGAAGGCAGAGAUCAUGAAUUACAAAUCAAACAAAUCCUAAGUGACCUGUUUUCUGCUGGUAUGGAAACGAUUAAAUCGUCGCUGCUGUGGAUGAUUGUCUUCAUGCUUAGAAAUCCAGAUGUCAAGAGACGAGUACAAGAGGAAUUGGACAGCGUUAUCGGGUGCGACAGAAUUCUUACAGUUGAAGAUAUGCCAGACCUUGUAUAUACUGAAUCAACAAUCUUGGAAACGUUGCGCAUGUCGAGCAUCGUACCUCUCGCGACAACACACUCGCCAACAAAGGACGUCCACCUCAACGGCUACAGGAUCCCGGCAGGCUCUCAAGUCGUUCCCCUUAUCAACUGCGUGCACAUGGACCCCAACCUCUGGGACGAACCGAACAAAUUUGAUCCAAGCAGAUUCAUUGACGAAGCGGGUAGGAUCAAACGGCCGGAGUUCUUCAUGCCUUUUGGAGUAGGUCGUCGCAUGUGUUUAGGUGACGUUCUCGCUCGCAUGGAGAUGUUCAUGUUCUUUGCUACCAUCAUGCACCAGUUUGACAUUGAAAUGGAAGCAGGAGCGGCGCCUCCUUCCUUAGAAGGUACGGUCGGAGCAACAAUUUCACCGCAAUCGUUCCGCGUGAGAUUCCUGCCACGCCUGUUAAUCCCGGCGAAUCUUACGCCCGACCAUCCCCAUUUGCGCCAUGUCGGAGCUCACUAGGAUAGCUCCUAUUGCCGCCAUGGGCGUACCUAGGAUAUUAACUAGAUAAGCUAUCUAUAAUAUAGACGCUACAAUAUUACUAUCACGCACCAUCUCGAUGUUAUAUUACAGCGCUUCAGAAAUUGCGAAGUCUUAGCAACAACCUAGUUACGCUCAUGUUUGCCACAAAACCCACGUACCCACCAGUAUUCAAUGAUCACUCGUUUUAGAGCGUAUCGAUGACAAUUAAAUUAAGUCUUUUAUUAUAUAAGUGAUGAUAUCGCGGGAGCGAUAGUCGAGGCUGUGCAUAAAGUGUUCAAUUACAUGUAGACCGACCUUUUAUUUUAGUUUAUACAGUAAAUUCCCAUCGUUGAGAUUAUGAAUUCGUAUGACUGCAGUAUUAUAAGUUUGCGAUCUGUGAGAACGGUUUCUAUCGCAUGCAUUGUAUGGAACAGUUAAAUAAAGAUUAUUUGAUUUAUCGAAGUCUUAAACUCUAGUUUCCUAUACCAAAAUAAUUGUUUAAUCUAGAUCAUUAUUUAUUAAUAGGUACGUACCAUUUGUGUGAGUGUUUCAGUUGAAUGUGAUCUCAGAUUGCGUUGCAUAUGAUUUUGUAUUUGUUAAGAUUUCAACGUGUUCAUCUUUUUGUAUAAUUUUAAUAUAUUUUGUACCUAUCAUGCGUAACAUACGUAGUUACAUUCCAUGGUAGCGUAGCACCAGCGACUAGUCUAAGAGCGGCAGUUAAUGUCUCUGUAAGUUCGAUAUUGUUAUUUCCUCGUAACUCGAAUGACUCAUUAAAUUGUUUUCGAAACACAAUUUCUUAGCAACAAAGUUGCAUAUGAAAGGAAAAUGUACAAUUGUAACUAAAUGCAGUUUACUAUUACUCCGCCCGAUACAAUAAAAGUACCAUUUAUAUUGUUAGGCUUUGUAAAUAAUGCUUAAUUUUAAGUGAUUCUAAAUGUAAUUUUUUUAAAA